GAGAGAGAGAGAGGGAGGGGUGGGGAACUCCAAAUGCGCCAGCGGUUCCCAAAUCCUCUCGCCUUUUUCUCUGUGUGUUCUGAUGGCGGAGAGCAGCGACCCUGCGGCGGCAGAGAAGUCGGCGUCAAGCUCGUCAAUGCCCAAGCCAAUCAAGAGCGCCGAGGAGGAGAUCUGCGCCGUCGCUCGUAACCUCUCCGAUCAACCAGUCCCCAACCCUGAACCCGGUGUCUGGGCCGUCCUCACCGCUAUCUCCAAGAACGCUCGCCAGCGGCCCCAGGGAAUAAAUAUUAUUUUGAGUCGGGAUAACCAUCGUAUUGGGCGAUGCGUGGAGGAUACACGAUUUCAGAUUGGAGAAAUUACGGUCAGUGGAAAGCAUUGCAGAAUCUUCAGAGAGAGAUUGAUGUUAGAGAAUGGCGACCAAGAUCCGUCUAUCUCUGUGCCGGUCUUCAUAAAAGACACAAGCAUGAAUGGAACAUUUCUUAAUUGGGAAAGGCUACGAAAGCAUUCUCCGAAAGCUAAACUUUGCCAUGGGGAUAUAAUAUCUUUUAUAGCUCCACCUCAUGAUGAUAAAUCAUAUGCAUUUGUGUAUCGAGAGGUGAAUAAACCAGCAUGCAAUGUGAAUGGUGCAUCUUUGAAGAGAAAGUCAGAGGACUUUGCUACUGAGAACAAGAGGCUGAAAGGUAUUGGCAUUGGCACACCUGAUGGCCCCAUUUCACUUGAUGAUGUUCGAAGUCUUCAACGAUCGAAUACAGAGCUACGGCAGCAACUGGAAGCUCAUGUUUUAACCAUUGAGAGUAUGGGCACUGAAAGUCGUGCAAGCAUUGUUCGCCAUGAAAAAUGUAUGCUAUAAAUCUUCGAACUGAAAGAGCUGAAAGAAACGGUAUCAAAUUCUUUUCUUGGUCAAAUAAAAGACUUACGCACUAUGCUGGAUGGCAAACAGAAAGAGCUUGAUGAGCUCACUAGUUUGUCAGCUGAAUUGCAACACUCCGUAAAGGAUCUCAGUGAAAGACUUGGUGCAUCAAUGCAGUCAAGAAGUGAUGCUGAUGAGAUAAUACAUAGGUAAAAGCAAGCUAUAUCUGAACUUGAGACACAGUUGGAUGAACAAAGAAAUCAGAGAAGGGAAGAGCGAGAGAAGGCUGCAGCCGACUUAAAGUCUGCAUUACAAAAAGCUCAGUCAGAAGCUCAGGAGGAAAUCAAGAGACAAGCUGAAAAUUAUUUGAGGCAACAUAGAGAGCAGCAAGAAGUUAUUAAUAAGCUGCAGGAAACUGAGAAAGAAAGCCGAUUACUUGUUGGGGCAUUGAGAUCCAAAUUGGAAGAUGCUAGGGAAAGUCUUGUCAUUUCUGAGAAGAGAGUUAGGCAUCUGGAAGUUCAAAUUCAGGAUGAGCAGGCAGCAUCUGCUAGCACAAGAAAAAAAUCAGAAGCUUUGGAAUUGGAGUUAACAAGACUGAGGAAUGAACUUAACAAUGAGAAGCAGAUAGCCCGGGAAGAAGCAUGGGCUAAGGUUUCUGCCCUGGAACUUGAAAUAGCAGCUGCCAUUCGUGAUCUUUCCAUUGAGAAGCAAAGGUUUCAAGGUGCCAGGGAAAGGAUAAUUUUACGGGAGACUCAACUUCGUGCCUUUUAUUCCACCACGGAGGAGAUAUCUGCGCUGUUUGCAAAACAGCAGGAACAGCUGAAGGCAAUGCAGCGGACUUUGGAGGAUGAGGAGGACCGUGACACUGUAUCGAUAGGUCUUAAUAUUGGGAAAACAGUAAAUGCAAAUUUGGCCUAUGACACUGCACAGAAAGCUUAUCCAAUCAACCACCCAAGUGACGCUCCUGGUGCUUCUACUCUGAGAAAUGCCAAAGCAAUGAGCUGUAGUAGCAUGCAUAGUGAUGAUGCCAGUAUUACCGAAAAGCAUAAUUGCAAUCCACAAAGUCCAGAUGGAAAUACUCAAGAUUUAGAAUUCACAAGUGCAGACAAGUCCCUCAACGGAUUUGGUUCAGAUAUUGAUGGUGUUGGCACUGCACUAGUUCCUGAUGGUUUACCUGCUGAGACUGAGCGAGUUCUUGAAACGGAAAGUCAGGCCUGCGAUGCUGGCUUGCAUGGACAAAAUGCUGCUACUAACAAAUGCAUCAACAUGACCGGAGAUGACAUGAUGCAGCUUGAUGAUGAAGCCCGAGUCCAAGAAGACUUUGCGCCACCUAUCAGAAAGCUCGAGGGGAGGCAUUGUCCAGUCUCUGAAUCAAAAUUAGAUGAAGAUACAGAUCCAGGCACUAUACAUACCACUGAUCUUUUAGCAUCUGAAGUUGCUGGGAGCUGGGCAGUAAGCACAGCUCCAUCAGUCCAUGGAGAGAAUGAAUCUCCAAAGAGCCAGGAGAACACUGUUGCUGAUGAGGAAGCUGCUGCCACUGCCCUGCUACUUUGCUCUGAAGGGCAGGCGGCAGGAAGUCAGAAUGACACUGUAUGUGGUUCAACAACCAAACUACAUGCAGAAUACAGAGCGCUGAAUGCCAUGAUCGAGAUUGUGGCACCAGAUUUCAAGCAACGAUUUCAAGAUACUUCCAGUGGUCAGGGUGAAAGGAAUGACUCCCUGUCUGAUGCUGAAACUGAGGGCAGCAACCAUAGUGAUGCAAGUGAUAAUGAUAUUGAGAAUGCUCAACAUGCAAGUAACAACAAUGACAUCGAAGGUGAGACACAGGAUUACGCACAGAAAGAUGGUGAUGAGAUGAUUGAAGACUCCGUUGGCUGAGCAAAAAGAAAAGCAAAGUUGAUGUUUUUGCAAUUAUAAUCACAUCAUGGUCUUGGCUAAGAAAUUCCUUUUUGGUUGUGGAUAUGUGUAUGUCUUUUUGAGAAUAUCAUCCAUGUAAAUUAAGCUCAUAUUCUUUCUAGAUCAAUGGUAACUGCAAGGUCAAGCACAAAUUUCUGAUUUUUGCUAA